AUGGCCUCUCUUCGCUCAAUCGGGGUCCAUAAGCCCGCCGCAUUGCAGUACCUGGUCACCGAGGGUAUUCUCCACGAAGACUGCACCGAGCGCGACUAUGUCUGGGACACCUACGCCGACGAGAGUCCAGAGGGGCAGGCAGAUGAGGUAGUCACUACCGACCACCAUGUCGUCUGGUCGCGGGGCGGCAUAGUCCGCAAGGUCUUCAACUUUGAGAUCGAGAAAGAAAAGGUCAUCCAGGCGCUGCUCACCUGGUUUCCUCUGGAGGCCGCCUCGCAUAGUCUUGGGCGAACGAGACAGCACGAGCAGUCAAAGGCUUUCCUUGCUCAAGGCACGCAACCAGUUGCAGACCUGGACGCGGAAGCAGAGGAUGCGGGGAGCGUCUCCGAAACCAGGGCGCGGGCACUGGUUGUGUUCCUCAGGUCCCAAGCCCAUGUCUUUUUCCUCUCUGGAACCGCACAUAUUGUGAACCUUCCCUUUGAGGUUGACAAGGCUUUCCCAGCGGCGCGCGGCGUUGUGGUGCAGAGGAAGAUUGCGCCCCUCAUACAUGCGUCUUCCAGCCCGCAGGUGCCUAUGGCGCCUCCCAAUUCCUUCAUGACCAACGAUCAGUCGUUCCUUUCACAGAGCCUCUCGCAAAGUCUAUCCCAAAGUCUUUCGCAUACUCACCGUCGCAACAACUCGUCCAUCGCUACAGCGCGGCCCAACAAAGUUCAACAGAAUGGAUUCCUCGACGGCCUCAUCAAGUCUGCUGCGGCGCCCAACACGGAAGGUCUCCCAAGGCUGUUCUCGUUCACAGAUCCUUUGUCAGAGCUUGGACUGGUCGUCAACGUACUUUUGGGUGGUGAGCGCAGCAGUAUGCUUCUGAGAAAUGGCGAGGACAAUCGGAGACUAGAAGCUAUCGACAAAGCCGAGGAGAUCAUCUACGUUUCUCCGCAAAAUGAAGUCGUGUUUGAUCGCAGUGGCAGCGAUAAGCCUCUUUUGCUGGUCGUCACAGCAAACUACGAGACGAAUGUAUUUACCAUCUGGUGGGCGACCUACCUCGAGUCCAAAUCUAUCUCAGCUUCUCGUAAACAACACGCACCUGUGCCACUAUCCAAAGUUCGCCGACGAAGCUCCCACGGUGCUACCUCGACAGGAACAGGCGCGACUACCCCUGCAAUCCGAGGUGCAGACCGACUCCGGGAGAGCAUCGGCACACGCAGCAAACCACCCGUGCCAUCCUUCAAAGAUGUCUCACAGACAAAGGGUAGGUUGACGGACCAAGCGGUAGACGAUGUGCUCGCUUCGCAACUCAAUCCCGACUUCAACAUUGAUCGACUGCCGAAAGAGUCUCGACGUGUCAGCUCACUGCUCUCGCGAGCUGAGUUGUCAACGAGUUUCGACAAAUCAGCGUUCCAGGAUCUGGCAACAAAUCGCACAAGUAUUGGCGGUAGCUUUGGAGCCAGCCAAAGGAGUCGGCGCUCGCUGGGCCACGAUCGCUCGAGCUUCGGAGGUUCGCAGUCCCGCAAUCGAGCAUCAACGCCUGGUAGCAUUGCAUCCCGGAGAAGCUUCUUAGACAUUGACGACACAAUCGACGACACUAUGGAAGAGAGCCAGUACGACCUCAUGGACGACUACGAUGAGGUGGAUAACCUGUUCUCACCACCUGAAGCGGGCGCCGAGGCCCAACCGACCGAUGGGUUGCGAAAGGAGCUGCUGAUGGAAGCGGUCGGCGAGAUACCGGCUAUGCAGUAUUUGAAGCCCGGCCUCUUCGCGUUGAAUGAUCCAACGGCAGCUACGCAGACAGCUGAGCGUCCGAAAGUUCUGACACUGAACGCACCAUUCAACUCUGCAUCUCUAGACAAGCGGAUGCUUUACCUUUACAUUUCGCACCCUUCUAUCACUGCGCCCUUGCAAUGCGACAUCUCGGUUUCAAGGAAGCGCCUAAGGGUCCCAGCAUCAACCCAACGCCUUCAACCUAGCAGCGAUGUCCACAGAUACGCAUGCUGCCCAAGACUAGCGAAAUUCGGUCCCGUUGCCAACGCCACCGAUCUUGUCAAAGUAAGAGCUGGCCAUGUAGAGAGGGUCGCGAUGCUCAACUCUUUGGGCACCGCGGACGCUAGCAUAUCUCUGACUGCAGGCUGGGGUACUCAUCUCCCUGCAAAGCUUGAUUUGGGGCCUUUCAAGCUCUUUGAUCCAAAUGCUAUUUUGAAUGACGGACAACGAGCCUCAGCAGGCCUCAAGAGGACCAUCACUCCUAAACAUCCUCUUCGGCAGCUCACAUCGUCUGGGCAAGCAGGCCAAGUCGAUGUAGUUGACUCAGAUUGGCGGAGACACCGUGUGGAGAUUGGCCUCGCACCUACAAACGGCUUUGUCCGUGAGCUGUUCCGUGUGUUGACCACCAUUCUGCCCGAAUACGCCGGAGACUUCCUCCUGCAGAUCUGGUGGCACAUCCGUAAAGCACUGCCAAGUCACACACUCAUGAGCAGGGAUGGGGAUUGGGUGGCGUUCGUGUCCACCAUCUUCACUCUCGUGAUACCUCUGCUGGAUGACAAGUCGAAAAAGCCGAGUGGCCGGACGAAGACCCACCAACGCCGCAGCUCAGGGCGUCCUCUCAGCCAGGCAAAGCCCGACGAGAUCAUCAAUGAUGACGAGUCGGCAUGGCAUUUGAUGUGCGAUCGUCAAAGCUCACGCUUGCAUUCAAAGGGCUGGACAUCAUCAACAUGGGGAUGGGCAUUGCAAUCCGACCCAGCAACAACGACAAUGGCCCCACCCUCGAGACGUACAUCAGGUCUUCAGACGAUCGCUGUAGCCCGACAGGUGACGACGAAACAGAACCUCAUUCCUGACUGUAUGGAGACUGCUCGGCACUUUUGCCAAACACCCAUGGGCCAGGCUGCAAACGCCCAUUGGGCUUCCGCCCCCAAAGAUUAUACAAGGAAGGACGCCGCCAAGAAAGACCUGCGCCCGUCUACUCUUUCAGAAAUCCUCGUCUCGCUACACCUGUACAGCGAGGAGCGCAAGCUCAAUGUCCUGUCACAGGAUCACAGUGAUGCUCCGUCCGGUAAUCUAGUCCCUGUGCUUGCUCAGCUUGGCUACUGGCUACGCUGGGAGGGCUGGGACUGGCAAAGAGGAGGGUAUUAUGAUCUCGCCGGUGCAUCGAGCGAAAAAUGGGUAUACGACGAGUCGCCUUUGAGCUCCAAGACACGACUCCACGCACGGCCAUCAGACGCACCGCCACCUUCCGUGCUGGACUGGCUCAGUACCGUUGUGGGCCCUCAACGCUAUGCACCGUUCCCAACGUUAGCCAUGCUCAUCAUGAAGUCCAAGGCAUCGCCCCAUUCGUCCAUCAAUAUCGACGAGAUUAUUGCGGACGUCACUCCGAGGACAAUGGCCCUGCACGCGUUUUUCCGCGAUAUCGACCCGGCAUUCAGCCCGAGGAAGGUUGUGGAGCUCAUCAAAACCUGCGGUAUCAGCUCAGAUACGAUCGCUACACUACCAGAAGCUGCAAAGGCGCCGUUGAUGGAAGCGAUCACCAGGUGUCAGGCCAGUCCACCAACCACUUGGUCAAGCUCUCUGCUCCAACUCGUGCAACGCGAGGAUCUCGACAUGGACUCGAGCUCGAGUGGCGACUUCAUUCACGAGGUCCAUCUCAAUCCACUCUACACCGCCGCAGCUGUUCGAGACGUGCACACAAUCUGCCAGAGCGCAGAGAGGUCGGAACCGGUGCAGUCUACAGCUGAAGUCAACCGUCACUACAUUACCAGGCUCAUCUUCCGUGAAGAUCGGCGGUUCAUGGAAGCUCAUACUCUCCUGGAGCCCUUGAGGCAAACCGUUGCCGAAUGCCGUGUAGACAGUAGAGCUGACGAAGCUACGAUGCUAGACCAACAGAAGAUCUUGAUGCAGUGGGUCAUGAUACGCACCUUCUCAUUGCCAGUUGGUAGCUCCAUGAUCAAAUUCGGUGGUAAAAAGCCACUGCUUACAGAAAAGUACCCACUGUACGGAUUCUCGACAUCGUGUCUGAUGAAGCCGAUGGGCAACGUGGUCACUGCUGAACGGCAGAAUUAUUCAGAAGAGAAGUACUUCUGGGCAUUCUUCAACGCGGGUGUUGCUGCCGGGUUGAGUAUCGCUCGAGACGCCCAAGGCAUCGAUACCUCGUGGAUCAUGUACAACAAGCCUGUCGAACUGACCAACAAGCAUGCCGGCCUCCUGCUAGGUCUUGGAUUGAAUGGUCAUCUGCGUACGAUCGCCAAAUGGCUAUCCUUUAAGUACCUAACACCAAAGCACACCAUGACCUCAGUGGGUCUAUUACUUGGUCUAUCUGCGUCUUUCAUGGGAACCAUGGACACACUGGUCACACGUCUGUUAUCCGUUCAUGUAACCAGGAUGCUGCCCGCAGGAGCUGCAGAGCUCAACCUGUCUUCGUACACACAAACGACGGGUCUCAUGGGGAUUGGUCUGCUGUAUUACAAUACUCAGCAUCGACGGAUGAGUGAGGUUAUGCUGUCUGAGAUUGAGCAUGUCGAGGUACCAGACCCUUCCGAGCCUCCGGACUCACUUCGUGACGAAGCUUAUCGGCUGGCUGCGGGGUUUGCCCUGGGCUUCAUCAACUUGGGCAAGGGGAGAGAUCUGGGCGGCCUCCGAGACAUGCAAAUCGUCCAGCGGUUAUUGACAGUCGCGGUUGCGCCGAAGUCGGUCAAUGUCGUCCAUAUCUUGGAUCAAGCAACUGCAGGCGCAGUGAUCGCUAUUGCAUUGAUCUAUAUGAAGACACACGACCGCAUGGUAGCCAGAAAGAUCGACGUGCCAGAUACUCUACCUCAGUUCGACUACGUCAGACCAGAUAUCUUCCUCCUUCGCACUCUCGCAAAGCACAUCAUCAUGUGGGACAACAUUGAAGCAACAGACGAUUGGAUGAUUAAGAACCUACCAGUGGAAUAUCGGGAAGACUCCGAUCUCAAGAACAUCAAUAAGUUGCGAAGCGAGCAGAUGCCAUUCUACAAUGUUGUUGCAGGCCUUCUAUGGAGUAUCUCGUUGAAGCAUGCAGGCACAGGCGAUAUUGGGGUUCGCGACUUUCUGAUCAGGUACCUGGACCAGUUCAUGCGGAUUGCCAAACUCACCUCCAUUCGCUACGACUCUCGCCUGGCCCGUAAUACCGUCCGUAACUGCCAGGACCUCGUCGCCCUUUCCGCUGCUACUGUUAUGGCGGGCACGGGCGACCUCGAAAUCUUACGUCGUCUGCGUGCCCUUCAUGGUCGCAUCGGUCCCGAAAUACCAUAUGGGAGUCAUCUUGCGGCUCACAUGGCCUUUGGCGCCCUCUUCAUCGCUGGCGGCACCCAGACCUUCAGCAGGAGUGACAAGGCAAUUGCCAGUCUUAUCUGCGCUUUCUACCCUCUCUUUCCCUCCGACGUCCAAGACAGCCGCGCCCAUUUGCAAGCAUUCCGCCACUUCUGGGUCCUCGCCGCUGAACCGCGCUGCCUCGUCAUCCGCGACGUCGACACCGGCCGUGCAAUCAGCAUGUCCAUCACUGUUACUUUCCGCGACGACUCCUGCCCACCGAAGAACCUCGUAGCGCCCUGUCUACUCCCCGAAGUCAACGAAAUCUCCCAGAUCAAGACAACAGACGUGAACUACUGGCCCACCACCCUCGACUUCGCACACAACGCGACCCACUUGAGGGCAUUCACACGCAACCAGUCCCUCAACGUCCGCCGCAGAAGCGCGCGCGACACAUACUCGACGUCUUUCUCCGCUACCCUCGUGGCGCUCAACGAGGCCCAGUCGAGCCGCACUUCGCAUCUGCUGUUCCACUGGGUCUUCGGCCUCCCCUCCAUCGCCAAGUUCGUUGGCACGAGCGAUGCUAGUCUCGUCCUACCCGUUGAUCCGCACAGUAAGACGAUGCUUGAUGCGAGGGAUACGGUGGUUGAGUCCAGACUUGUGCUAGGCCGGCUGGGGAGGAGUUGCAGCUUUGAUGAGCUGAGGGAGCUCAGGGGCGUGUUUGAGUGGGCUGAGGCGCAGUGUCGUACGGAUGGGAGGUUGAGGUGGGUGGGGAGGAGUGUCGUCGAGGGAUUGAGGGCGGGGGUGCUGGAGAGGGGAAGGGCAAUUGGCAGUGGGUGA